UGUGCGGGUGUGUGUGUGGGGGGGGCUGUGUGGCGUCGUUAUGGUUCUGAUCGGAGCAGCCAUCAAAUCCGUCCUCAGAUUUCUCACCAGGACCACAGCGGGGGACGGGGACAGUAAAUGGUCCGUUCACUACAGUACCCAGAAGCCUCGGCAGGGUCUUCGCUUCAUUCCUGGGAAAAGACGAUCGGGAAGUGCUGAUGACCUGCGAGCCUGCAAAGGGCUGACUCAGCAUGACAGCUUUAAGCCCCGCCCACCGAGUCCCACCUUUGCUCCAUUCUCUGGUCUUGACCAAUCAGAGGGCAGCACCCACAGAGGGUGGCGUAACAGAGGCAGAAAGAUGUCUUCAGCCUCUUCGGAUGAAGAUGAGAAGUUCUUCCUCACCAACCCACGGCCGAUGACUCCACUGGUCCUAAAUCCCAUCAGUCUCACUUCCGCCUGGGACGACCUCGGAUCAGGAAGUGACUCAAACUCCAACCUGGAUGUGGAGCCCUUUCAGCGUCUUCCAACACCGGAGGAGAAGAUGAGACAGCAGGCGGACGCAGUCGCCGCUGAUAUAGUUCCCAUCAAUGUAACAGGUGAGAGUUUUGAUCGACAGGCCAGUUUUCGGAGAACGCUCUCAAACACAGACUCAUUGAAUCGAAGACCUCAUAAACUGAGCCGCCGUAAGACCGUUUCUGCUUUAUCGGAUAAUGUCCUCCCCAAGCCUUCAGUUUCUCUGGAUCUUCCGGGUCAGUACUCCACUGUGGGUCGACCUGCUUCCUCAGUCUCCUCUCAACAGAAGAGCAGAGAGGUGGAAAUGUGGGAAAGUGAAAGAAACGGAAAGGAGGGGCAGUAUACCUCAAGAAGAAUCAGAGCCCCUAAAGGAGAAGGCAUGUCCAGUCUGAUGGCCUCCCUCACCUCCUCACCAAAUAUAGGCAAAGAGCCCGUCUCCUGUCAGUCAUCUCCCUCCGAUGGUCGUAUCCCGCCUACCAACUCCUCUCUGAGCUCUGAGGUCGGCUUUAAAAGCAACACCCAUACAACGCCCAGUGCCUCGUCCUCCUACAGCCAGUCACAGGACCAGCAAGGGUUCCCAAGUGACUUUCAGCCACUGCUGCUCUAUGACCCCACUGUCAGGGUCAUGCCCCAGUCACCCUCUUCCUCGUCGCCUUGUUUUCCUGCUUCCCCUGUCAACUCGUAUACCUCUGACACCCCCAGUCAACUACAGUCAGAGUGGUCUUAUCCCGGUGAAACGGCUUUAGAUGAGGGUCCCUCUCCCUGCCUCUCCUCUUCCUCCUCCUCCAUUGCUGAUUCAGUGUCUCAGUAUAGUUACCAGGCUCUGGCUGAGCCGAACAUCACCAAGAAAAAUGCCCAGAACUUCUCUGAUGGUGACUCCUGCAGCGGUGAGAGCUGGAACUACAGACCACUCUCUCCCAGUUCCAGCAUCAUCAGUGGUAUCAAUCAAGACACAAGAAGUGUCUCUGAGGAAGGCUGGAACUGUGAACCCCUUCUCUCCUCCGGUCGCUCUACCCCUUUCUGCGAUGACAACACCUCCCUUUGCUCUGAGAAGAUGCUUUUAUCUCCCUCACAGAACCGCGAGAAAAGAAAGUCAAGCACUUCAGCCUUUUACUCCCAGACUAUAACACGAAGCAUCUCUCUACGCAAGUCCAAGGUCCCACCACCACCACCACUCCGCUGUGACUCUUUAAGGCGUCGGCCAGGUCGCAGCAGGGCCCCGUGUUCUUCAACGAGCCCACGUCCCAACCGGAGCCCUCGUGUUGAUCGCAACACCUUGCAAACACCCAUCUCAUCUCCUCAGACCUUUCCUGAUCCCUGGGUGCUCCGGAGCAAUACUAGAAAAGAUGAAAGUGGUCUGAACUGUGGGACGGUCAUAACCUUUGAGCCUUUGAGUCCAAACUCCAACAAACCAUCUGCUAGUGACUCUGAUCCCUCUGGUACCAACCUAUUAAGCCCCAAACACUGCCACAUGCUGAAUCCUGGAUCUCCAGUUUUAAAGGAUAAAGACCUUAAACUUACACUUAGUCAUCCAUCCGACUCCUCUGUUGACGGAUUUCCGUGCCUUGCCUCUCCAUCUAGUGGUUACUCCAGCCAGUCCAAUACCCCAAGUCCUGGAACUCCAGUUUCUUCACCCCACAAUCCUUCCUCUCCUCUUACAGCAAGCCCUAGUGCUUUUUCCCUCCCUCCAACUUCCCCUUCCUUGACAUCUUUCUCUUCAACCAUACCAACAUCCCCCUCAGCCGCCUCCCUGCCCAGGACCAGGUGUUAUGGGAAAGGGAGGCCAAAGCCCCCAGUGCCACAGAGGAAGUCAUCUCUUCUUUCUUCCUCCACAUCUUCUCUCUCCUCUUAUACCUCAUCUGAUUCCUUAGCCAGACAACCACUUCUCCCUAGACUCCCUCUGCCUCCUCCUCUUCAUCCUCCUCAUCUUUCACAAUCCACUCCACCUGCCCCAGAUUUCUACCGUCCAAUUAACAAUAUUUGUCCGCCCCCACCACCUCCACCGCCACCUCUUCCACAAUCUACUCCCCCAGUCUUUGAGUUCUCCCCUUCAGUUACUAAUUUUCCUCCUCUGCCCCCACCACCUCCACCGCCACCUCUUCCACAAUCUACUCCCCCAGUCUUUGAGUUCUCCCCUUCAGUUACUAAUCUUCCUCCUCUGCCCCCACCACCUCCACCGCCACCACUUCCACAAUCUAUUCCCCUAGCCAUCAAGUCCUCUCUUUCAAUUACUAAUCUUCCUUCUCCACCACCACCUCCCCCACUUCCACAGUCCACUUCUCCAGUCCCUGACUUCUAUAUUCAUGCUUCCUGUCUUCCACCCUUUCCUCGUCUUCCUCCUGUUCCCUCUGAGUCCAUCCCUCCCCGUCUUCCUGCCCCUACAGCCAUCACUUCUAACCCUCCACCACUUCCACUGUCUUCCUGUCCUUCUCUUUCACCACUUACCACCCCUUCCAUGCCUGACUUUUGCCUCCAUGUUCCUCUGUCUGUUAACAAAGCACCUCCUCCUCCACUUCCUAAUGCUCUCCCAGCUUUAUCCCUACCCCCUGCUCCUCCUCUACCUACUGCCAUCCGGCCUCCACCUCCUCCCUACUCCUACGCUGUGAGGCAGACCUCAUAUCAUGCUCUGGUCUCCACAGUAUCAUCCAACAAGGAUCCUCCCCCAGUUCUGCCAUCUUUGAAAUUCCCUGACAUGUCUGACUUGCCUCCUCCACCACCUUGUCCUCCACCUCCGUCUCCAGGGCCCUACUCUCUGAUCACCUCUCAAGCUUUGCAGUGCGUCAAGCUUCGCUCAGUCAAGAAACAGGAAGUAACGCAGGGAAAACAUGACCCUAAUGACAGCAAAUGCCACAUAACAGAUUGUGAUGUAAUGAAUGAAUCAUUUCUGGAUAGUCUUGCUAAUACUGAUACAAAGGUUUCAAGGCAAGGAGCAAAUAAUUUCAUCAAUCAAUCUGCAAGUGGCAGUGAGGUAAAUCAGUUAACAGUAAAUGGCACUCUCCAAGUUAGUACUGAAUUAAAAGAGCCAGAACUCAAUGGGAAAGACCCAAUAACAAGUGAAAGUGUGAAUUCAAAUAAAGAGUCAGGUGAUGCUAAUCUUAAAAGUUUACAUGACAACAUCAAAGACCAUGACAUUAAACUAAACAGAGAAACGAUCCAAAACAUCCAACUGGAUGGACAACAGAUGAAAAAUUCGGACAUCUGUCCUCCUCUAGAAAGUAUCAAAGUCUCCAGUCUUGACGCCCCAUCGGUAGAAACGUGUCCUGACGAUGAGGAGGCAUAUCAAAUGAACACCAAUAUUUUAAACCUCCCAUUGAAACGAUCUUCUUCCGAAGCAGACUCGGCAAAGCAAACAGGGCCAAUGAGAGAAAACUUAAAUAAAAAAGUUAAUGAAUGUAACACAUUUACGUUUGAAAUUCAGAGCGAGAUAGAUGUGAAAAACGAUAAAAGAGAUCUUCAGAGCCCGAGGAAGCUCUGCUCCCCAGGGAAACCCGUUCUACCUAAGAAGCCUGAUCUUGACAUUCUGGAUCUUCUUAAAUCCCCGAAGACUAAAAGAGGUCCAGGGGGGUUUAAGGACUCUGGGCAACUCACAGAGUCUUCAUUUCAACCUAAUACUUUAGAUUCCACACUAUCCCAAACAUAUUCAGCAAGCAAUAUGCCAUUGUCGAAGAAUUUGAAAAGCAUUUUGGACAAAUCGGAAAUACCAGGAUGCCCAGUCAACACAGGGAACUCACCUGACACUUCCCCACAUCAGCAAAAGCACAGGAAGUCAGAUGUUCUGUUGAGCUCUCCCAAGAUAGCAAAGCCAUUUUUUGCAUCCGAAAACACUGGAACGAAACUGAAAUGGGCUGCAGCAAACACUGAUGGUUUAGACAUUAAGGCCACAAUAGACACCGGAGACAUCUUAAAAACCAUGGGCAACCCAAGAUCUGGUAAAGACUAUGGCGAUGCUUGCAGCACACAACAAAUAAUCAGUAGGUACAACACUCAUUGCUCUUCAGGAUUAAAGGUACCGGGUGCCCGAGGAAUCUGUAAUAUCCCGUCUACCUGGACUGAAGGAAUCCAAACAGAAGCAUCUGGGCCCAUUUUAGGUGGGAUCAUUGGGAAUGGGAAACAAGAUGAAGAGAAAACCAGUCUCGUGCGGAUUAUGAAAUCCUCACUUGCUGAAGAGGAAGAAAAUGUUGAGCAGGAGGGAGUGGAAGAAGGGGGGGAGAACACAGUAACGAUGAUAAUGACUUCAUCCAAAAAAGUUAAUAAAUCAAGGAGGAGGAGGAAACGGCAGCUAAGCCAAAAGUUGUUGAUUAUGUCACCAAAAAUGAAGCCCUCUCCCUCCUCCUCAUCAUCAUCCUCCUCCUCCUCUCCUUCAUCAUCGUCUUCAUCAUCAUCGUCAGAAGAUGAACGAGAUGUAAUAAAGGAAAGUAGCGACAGUAUACUUAAAAUCAAAGUGUGUGAUCAAGAUACAAGCGACUCUGAAAGCUCGUAUGCUCUGAUGGGUCAGAGGAGGUUUUCACUUAGCAGUUUGCUAUCAAAUGAGAGCCUACAAGGCGAACUUUCACUGCCAGACCUACGGAUCAAGGAACCAAAUGAAGAGGAGGAGGAACCAGGAAAGGAUGGAGACCAGGGGAAAGGAGAUGAGGUCGUAGAGGAAAGCAGAGCAUCGGAUGACGAUGUUUUCAUCAACGUUUCAGCGGAACAGAUGUUGGGAUCUGGUUGCCCUCGCACCACAGAGGAUCUAUUCACCAUCAUCCACAGAUCUAAGCGAAAGAUGCUUGGAAAAAGAGACUUGGGAGAAAAGAAGCAUUGUUUUCCUUCGUCUUCUUCAUCGUCCUCCUCUUCUUCUCCAGAGAUUCUUGCUGAUCCCCCAUCCUGUCUCACCAGAGCAGCAGGACUCAGGAAUCACAGACCCGGCAGAAGUGAGAGUUUUAAGGCUCUCCUGCUGAGGAAAGGCAGCCGAGUUGAAUCUUCUUCUCGAAUCUCAGCAGUGGAGCGUCUUUUUGUAGGUCAGCUCCAUCCUGCUCUUUCUAAACACCAGGAGAAUCCUCCUGGUCCUCUGACUCCCGACGAGUUGAAGGCUGUUAACCCCUCCUCUGCUGUUGGGAAUCCCAGUUCCCUGCUGUCUUUGAAUUUCCCUCCGUUAUCGCCUUCGCUCUCCAUGAUGUUUGGCUGGAAACGACGGGAUCUGAUCCACAGUCAGUUUCUUCUCCCAUCCGCCUCUUCCUCACCCUUCCUGGUCUUUUCCUCCUCCCACACGCGUCCUCGGUCCCUAACUCCUCCCUGCUCCAGCAGCAGACGGUUCGCUGCCCGCUGCCGUCUCUUUGCUGCCCCCAUGACUGCCAUCUUGGAAGGGGAAGACGAGGAGACAGAUGAUGAGGUGUUUGUGGAGUCACCGGGGGAUGAUGAUUCAAGUCUUUGCAUGUUUGAAACUUCUUAGAGGAUAAACUCACAAAAAGACUUUCUGGAUGUUUUAAAAGGACCUCUGAAAUGUGUGGAUCUUCCACACAAAGGUGAGCUUUGCUGACCUCUGCUGGAGCUGAAUGGACAUAAACGGCUCCAGAGGUCUGAGUGUUCCGUCAUCCAGGGUUUCCUCAUGUUCGUGGGCUGAAUUUCUGCGGAAAUUCAUUUUGAGCUUCUUUUGUUACUGCCAUUUAGGUUACAGUUCAUUGCAAAGGUUUUGCAACCAGACUUUGGACAUUAUUAAGAAAAAAAUUAAUUUUAUUUCCUUCUCAUAAAGUAUUUUUUUUACUUUGUUACAUUAUAAAUACAGCUAUAUUAGGUUAGGAGUUAUAAAUUGGAAACAUAAAAGUGUGGUGCUGUAGGGAAACCAUGGCAACAUGAUUCUUAUACUGAGUUUGAUCUUGCUGGAUCAUUGCAUUUAAACCGUCGAAAAUUAGUUUUAUGAUUUACAGGGAAUAAAGUACAAAACUGUACGACAGAGUAUUAGGGCCAGGCUAGAGAUUUUUUUUUUGUCUUCAAAUUCCAAGAAUAAAGUCGCAACAGUAUGAUAUUAAAGUAGUAAAAUUACGAAAACAAAGUCAUAAAAUUCUGAGAAAAAAGUCCCAAUGAAAUUACGAGA